AUGUACAUCAUGAUAUCACCGCUUGUCUUCUUCGGAGCCCUAUCUCUUUUUGCUUCAGCAGCUUCUUUGGAACGUCGUCAAGCGCAGCAAAAAGUCACAAUCGACUUCACAAAAAGAUACCAAACGAUCGAUGGCUUCGGUAUUUCGGGUGCAUUCCAGCGCGCGAACCUGAUUGUCAAUCUUCAGCAGCCUAAACAGCGCGAGGUUCUUGACCUACUCUUCAACUUGACUACCGGUGCUGGCUUCUCGAUCGUGCGCAACGGUGUUGGCUCCACGCCAAAUAGUAACAAUGAUUACAUGAACACAAUUCUGCCAAAGUGCCCAAGUACACCUGCGGAAGUCACUAUCAAUUACAGUGGGUAUGUCUGGGACGGUAAAGAUAGCGGGCAGCUAUUCCUUAGCCAAAGAGCGCAAGAUUAUGGGGUCAACACCUUCUAUGCGAAUGCAUGGAGUGCUCCUGGAUGCAUGAAAACAAACAAUCAAGAUAUCAAUGGUGGUCAACUCUGUGGUGUUUCUGGUACCAGUUGUCGCUCGGGAGACUGGAAGCAAGCCUACGCGAAUUACCUUGUCGCCUACAUAAACUUUUACGCGUUGGCUGGCGUUAAGAUCACACACCUUGGCUUCCUCAACGAGCCCGACCUAUCCACUUCGUACGCCUCGAUGCAGUCCUCUGGUACUCAGGCCGCUGAAUUCAUCAAGAUUCUUCGUCCUACACUCGACCGUGCGAAUCUGACCUCUGUGGGUAUCAACUGCUGCGAAGCGACAGGGUGGAACGUCGCAACGCAACAUGCACAGCAAAUCGCAUCUGCUGGCGCUGAAGGCCUUCUCUAUGCUAUCACCUCGCAUGAAUAUACUUCGCGCAUUAGCGGGACGAUGCGCACUGCUGCACGCGUCUGGCAAACCGAAUACUCCGACCUGAACGGUGGCUGGAGCACGGCAUGGUAUUCCAACGGCGGAUCUGGUGAUGGCUUCACGUGGGCGAACACCGUUUUUAAUGGCAUCGUCAACUCCAACUUGUCCGCCUAUAUCUUCUGGGAAGCUGUCCAAGACCGCGCAACGAACAAUAACAACAACGAGAAACUUAUCCUGGUCGAUGGCCAGAACUAUCAAGUCAGCAAGCGUCUUUGGGCUUUCGCGCAGUUUCGCAUCGUAAGACCGGGCGCCGUGAGAGUGGAUGCUAGUGGCGGGUCGAAUCUCAAGUCUGGCGCCUUUGUCAACACGGACGGAAGUGUCGCGAUCGUGGUCAUUAAUUCUGCUACGAGUUCACAAAUUGUGGGUGUUGCGCUGACUGGGUAUCCGGAUGUGAGGGCAUGCUUCCACGGCAUCCGCGCCCACGCUACGGGCUUGGUGUUCGUACAAGUACCAUGGACAUCAUGGCUGCAAUUCCGCACGCGCGUCUUCACACACUCGUUCAUGUUCCUAGCGAUGGGAAAGCUCUCUUGUGCCGUUGCGGCCCUUGUUCUGGGUGCGCAAGUCGCCAUCUCAACCCCGGUACAUCCCCUACUUCACGUGAAUGCAAUUGUACAACGAGUGGCGGACGACAUGCCAGCGGCAAGCGGCAUUCUCCCCGGCGCCUACAUUGUCGAAUUCGCAAACGACGAUGAAACACCGGAGAGCUUCUAUGCGUCCCUUGCGGCCAAUGGAGUACAGGUCGAACCUCGCAUGGAUCUUAGCUUUCGCUUCUUCAAAGGCGUCUCAUUCCAGCUCAAGAGCUCAAGUUCAAACUCAAGUGAUUGGGACUUCUUGCGCCGGAUGAAGGCACAACCACAGGUCGAGAACAUAUGGCCAUCCCGCAUCACGACACGUUCGAGCGAGGAACGUGUUGCAAUACCUGCACAACAGACACACGUCAAGCGCCAGACUACAUCGGAGGACACCUUCUCUCCCCAUGUCAUGACGCAGGUUGACAAGCUACAUGCAGAGGGUGUGACGGGCAAAGGCUUCCGUAUCGCUAUUAUUGACAGCGGCGUCGACUACACCCAUCCAGCGCUUGGCGGCUGUUUCGGCCCAGGCUGUCUCGUUGAAGUUGGAUAUGACUUUACGGGCGAUGACUACAACCCCGGAACGUUCCCGUUGAAGCCCGAUAAAGAUCCCAUGGACAACUGCGCUGGUCAUGGCACCCACGUUGCAGGCACCAUUGCCGCUCAGCUUGAGGGCAACAAGUACGGUUUCACAGGUUCUGCCCCUGGAGCAAAGCUUGGUGCAUACCGGAUGUGGGGUUGCGCAUCGACAUCUACGAAUGAGAUUGAGCUCAUGGCGUUCGCUCGUGCUGUCGAGGAUAGAGCGGAUAUCAUUUCGUACUCGAAUGGCGACGCCUCAGGCUGGGCGCAGGACGUGCGCGCCACCAUUAUCUCUCGCAUUGUUGACUCUGGUAUCCCCGUCGUGGUAUCUGAGGGUAACGACGGCGGCCAGGGACUUUUCUACGCCUCCACGCCAGCAACGGGAGGCAGUAUCACGGGCACAGGAGCGGUAUCCAAUACGCAAUUCCCUACGUUCCUCGAGCGAGGCUCAUAUAAGACCGGUUCCAACGCUACCACCAAUAAUACGACUGACUUUGGCUUCUUGAUGGGUGUUCCCAAAUUCGCUGUCGAUACGACACUUCCGCUGUGGUCUGCUGCUGAUGUGGACGAUGCCUGCAAGCCAUUGCCCGAUGACACGCCAGAUCUGAGCCAGCGCAUCGUGCUCUUGGAGUUCAAGGACUCACGAGUAACACAUUGCUACCCGCAAGACCAGGGUGCCAACCUCGCAGCCAAGGGCGCGCGAUUCAUGGUAUACUAUGAGCGUAACAACCUGACAAUGCGCGAUGAGCCUUAUGUCUACGCAGAAGGCAUCGAGGGAGUGGUUAAAGCCGUACCAUACGCCGCUGAGCACUGGCUUUCUCUCCUUUCACAGGGUGCUACCGUUUCUGUGACGAUACCUGCCAACGACUCUCAGACACACCUCGAGAUGUUUGAGAACAACGAGCGUGGCGGCUAUGUCGCAGGAGAGCUGACCAGCUGGGGCCCAAGCUGGGAGCUGAGUAUGACACCACAGGUCGUAUCCCCCGGAGAGAACAUCCUGAGCACCUACCCGACGGCUUUGGGUAGUUACCGUGUCAUGACUGGCACGAGCAUGGCGACACCGCUGGUUGCAGGUGUCUACGCAUUACUCGGUGAAGUAUAUGGCAAACUGGAACCAAAGCGCCUCCGCAGAAUCCUCACGCACACCUCCAAGCCGCUCGCCUGGCACGAUGGAAAGACUGCGCAUCCCGACAUUCUCGCUCCUGUAGCACAGCAAGGCGCCGGAAUCGUGCAAGCCUGGAACGCGGCGCAUACCGCCCUGGAGAUCGAUGUCGACAGUCUGAUGCUCAAUGACACGGAACACUUCGUUGGCACCCACACCUUCAGCGUCACGAACACUGGCUCUACUGACGAAGUCCUCGAUCUGGGCCAUCGCAAAGCCGUCACGAUGUAUACGAUGGAUCCUAAAGCUCAUGUCUUGCGAGUAGGCGUAUUCCCCAAUGCCAUCGUAGAGUCGUGGGCAACCGUUUCCUUCUCCUCCUACCGCAUCAAUGUUCCUGCUAAACAAUCUGUCAACGUGACUGUUGAAUUUACAGCGCCAGUGGGCCUCAAUGCCACCCUACUGCCCGUGUACAGCGGCUUCGUUACCUUGAGCGACAAGCUUGUUCUUCCAUACCUCGGCGUCGAAGGCAGCAUGCGCGCCGCACCCGUCUUCACACCUGAGACCGUAUACCUAGCGCAGGGAUACACACCUGCUCCCGCGAAUGCAUCGUAUAUUAUCCCACGACCGAACCCCAAGAACCCGCCGAUGACUGACCGCGGUGACAUGAUGGCCACGCCGAACGUGUACAUUUAUCCUUCGAUUGGCUCCCCGUUGUUGCGUGUAGAGGUACUACAAGGCGACAAGGUACUGGGAGCGUUGGCUGGGUUCCCACAAACCUACGUCGCGAGGACGGAAGUGCGCGCAUACUUCAAUGGGUUGAUGGCGGACGGUACGGUGCUCGAUGAGGGCUCGUACCGAAUGAGGGUUAUAGCCCUGCGCAUCUUCGGUGAUGAGGAGCGCGGUGAGGAUUGGGACGUCGUUGAGUCGGCUGGUUUCGCAGUGAACGCCUUGCUGCUGCCCCUUCUCUCCGCCGCUUUACCCACCUCCGUCCCCUCUCUAGUUCUCUCCGCUCGAGUUGCCAUCACCCCGCCGCCUUCCCCUACGGCUCCGCCAUCUCGCCGCGAUGACAAAUUCGAGCCAAGUAUUCCACCUCUCUCAUUAAACCUCCCUACGAUAUCAAUCGCAAAGCCGUCCAUACCAUCUCUCUCACUUGACCUCCCACCCUUGACCUGCACACCUGGCUUUAGCUCAUACGCAACUCCCGGCCUCGACGGCUACGUUCCUGCGGAGGCUUGUAAUGCGCUGUGGUUGUACUUCCCAAAAUUCGCCGCCGCAGUAGCUUUCUCGAUUCUGUUCGGCAUCCUCACAAUUGCACACCUGGCCCAAGCAGUUCUGUACCGCAACGGUUUCUGCUGGGUCAUUAUCAUGGCCUCUCUUUGGGAGACAGGUGCCUAUGCUUUCCGCGCUCUUGGUUCAAAGGACCAGCAAUCCUCCGGCAUUGCAACUGUUUCUCAGAUCUUGGUAUUAGUAGCUCCCAUCUGGGUCAACGCCUUCGCAUACAUGGUGUUCGCCCGCAUCGUUCACUUCUACUCGCCCACUCGCAAAGUCUGGUUUCUUUCGCCUUCCAUCCUUGCUCUCAUCUUUGUCACCCUCGAUAUCAUCUCUUUUGUCAUUCAGCUUGUCGGGGGUGGAAUGGCCGGUCCAGGCUCAAGCGCUGAGUCACAAAAGAAGGGCUUGAACAUAUACAUGGGUGGUAUUGGCAUGCAGGAGGCCUUUAUUGUUGUGUUCUUGGGCUUGGUUAUCAAGUUCCAUCGGGAUCAGCUUCAGGAAGAACAAGUUGGACGCUUGACUGCGAACAAGAUUGAUGGCUGGAAGUGGUUGAUUUGGGCGCUCUACGGAUGCUUGCUGACUAUCACCAUUCGCAUCAUCUAUCGCCUCGCCGAGUUCUCUGCCGGUCUGGGCGCAAGCAACCCCCUUCCGAGUAAUGAGCCUCUCCUAUACGUCCUGGAGUCGACACCAAUGUGGUUGGCCAUUCUCGUGUGGAAUAUUGUCCACCCUGGUCGCUUCAUUCAUGGCGAGGAUGCCAAGAUGCCGCCAUCGUGGCUGUCUCGCCAUCUCUGCUGCUGCUGUCGUAAACGUCGCUGCGAUGAGUGCAAUAGCAAGCUCGGCCAUGCCGGGGUUCACCACCACCGCAUGGCAGACGAUUCGGAGCUAGGGAACAACCAAGAGAUGUAUCCCGUCCCACGAGGUGAAAGAGGCCGUGUUGCUACCGUCCCGGUCAACCCUUUUUCAGAUGCACCAUCUUGCGACACUUCUCCGAACGGCAACGCUGGAGACCAGCUCCGCAUUCGCCCUAUACCAGUUGCCAACUAG